CAAAAGGCGGGGGCCGAAUGCAGCCAAGGAAAGGGUGGCAGACAGGAGCGGGCGAUGUCGCGAGGGCCGACAUCAAGAAAGCCGUUUAGUGGACUUUUUCGUGUGCAGCAGCGGAAGCAGCGCACGGCAGGGCAUGGGGACUGGCUGAGCUGAGCCCCGGGCACAUUGCGGGGAGGCACCGAGCAGCGGAGCCGAGCCGAGCCGAGCUGAGCUGAGCCGCGGAUAGCGAGCGAGCGAGGAGUGUCGACUUGCAUCCAGCCGCAGCAGCAGGCGAGGCGAACGAGGACUGGAGCCGCUAGGGCCUCGUUGCAUCAUCAUCGUCGGCCCGGGGCUCGUCGUCCGCCAUGGCCUGCUGCGCGACGCGCUGCCUUGGACGACAGCGCGGUCUUCUUGUCGCUCACUCCUCUCCGAACGCGAUGCUCACCGAGGACCUCUGUCGCGCCGCUUCUGCGCACGAACCAUCGCUUCUUGAGAGGGCGAUCGUUCUGUGUGUCGCCUAGAGUGUGCCCUCGCCUGCCUCCGUCUGAGAAGACUGAUUGCCAUACGCCCGCGGGAGAGAGAGAGUAGCGAGAGAGAGAGAGAGAGAGAAUAGCGGACUGUGGAGAGCGAGUGAGAGGGUUGGAGUGAGAGGGCAAUGUUGGGUUUCGGAUUCGGGGCCAGCAGGAGUAGCAGAAGCAAACAACGAGAGGAGGAUUGGGAGUUCGAUCCAUGGGCGUUGAGAUAUGAUAAUGAAGGACUACGGCGAUGAGUUCGUGGGUGUGAGGCGAGGUCAGGGAGCAGGCGAACCGAGUGAGAUCACAGUCAAUUGUCCUGACAAAAUCGGCCUCGGAUGUGAUUUUGCUCGCAUUGUCUUCGAAUUCGGUCUUACCGUUGUCCGAGGAGAUUUGUCCACGGACGGAAGAUGGUGCUUUGUAGUUUUGUGGGUUGUUCCUCGUAGUACGUCAAUCUACGGCGAGGUAAAUUGGAAGCUUCUUAAGCAAAGAUUAGCAGCUGCCUGCCCUUCUCAUCAUGGCGUGCUUCUUCCUCCGGAGCCUAUUGUCGACAAAGCCCCGGAAAUAUUUCUUCUUCAAGUCUCCGCCGUCGAUAGAACGGGGCUUCUUAAUUUGGUGACACAAAAACUGUGGGAACUUGAACUCACCAUACACAAGGUGAAAGUAUCAACUAGUCCGGAGGGCAAAGCUGUCAACCUUUUCUGGAUAUAUGACAAGAGUGGAAAGCAACCUUUGGACAAAGAUCGCAGAGAGGUCAUCUGCGAGAAAAUUAGGUUAUCUCUAGGUCAAGGCACGCUUGUCGAAUUGAAACUAGCAGGCCCAGAAUGCAGCGGUUUAGAUUGUGCACCGCACCUGCCGGCGUUGGUUCCCAAGGACUUGUUUGACGAAGGGCAGUAUGAUCUUGUCAGUUCUGGUGGCAAAAAUUUAUUCAAGACUCUAAGCUGCCCUACACUACCGACGAUGACCAAGCUGGAGUUGGAAAACACAGUGAGUCCUGUUCACACUUCUAUGCAAAUAGAGUGCAGAGACAGGAAAGGGUUGUUCUACGACUGUAUGCGAACUUUGAAAGACAACAAUAUGCAGGUUGCAUUCGGCCGGAUCUCUACUUUGGAGAAGGGAGCUUGUGAAAUAAGUCUGUUCAUUUUGAAAGACGGUAGGAAAAUCGAAGAGCAGCACAAGCAAGAUGCGUUAUGUGACUCUCUGCUCCGGGAGCUGACGAAUCCACUGCGAGUGUCAGUCGUCACGAGGGGUCCUGACACCGAACUGCUGGUAGCUACUCCAAUAGAGGCAUGUGGAAGAGGAAGACCACGUGUUCUUUUCGAUGUUACUCACGCGUUGAUGGAGAAGCCCUUUGGUAUUUGUAUUUUUAAGGCAGACAUUGGAAGGCAUGUGGUGGAGAAGCGGCCGUGGGAAGUAUAUCGGUUUUUGCUGAUCGAGAAGCCCGAUCUUCAACUGACAGAUACCAAAGUCCGGAAAGAUAUCACGGAAAAAGUCAAGAACAUCUUGAUGGGCUGAAGUACACGUCAGGAUGUGAGACCACUCGUGCAGAUCCAGAAAGUGAGGUUAGAGAUGGAGAGAAAUUGGGAUUAGAUGGGGAAUUAUUGUUUCACCAAGCGCAAAUAAUUCAUGUACAAAGUACCAUAUCAACGAUAGCAUUCCAAAUGGCUGGAUAAGUACCAAACCAUCACGUCCCCAUUAUCUUACCCGUUCCUAAGCUGUAAAUAGUGUCUAUUAGCCUUCAUUUGUCCUGUCAUCUAUCCGCAGUAUGCUUGCAAGCUUUCACUCCAGGUUUGCAGCGUGUAUGUUAUGGUUACUUGUAUAGUUGAUACGGUGGGCGACAGGUUCAACACGAAAACCUUCAUUGUGGAUGAGUUCCAAGGCUGGGGUACCUUGCUCUUUUAGUCUAGGAAAUUAUUGACUCAUGUCAGGUUUCUAGCGAUUGAAUGUUCCCGUUAAAAGGUCCACGACUUUUCCUUUCAGGUUCUCCACGAAUAUUGUUCCAAGUUGGCAACGAUAUAGAUAGGGAAGAGAAAAUACGGUCUCGCUUCCCCUUUCUAUCGUUCGGCAGGGGGUUGCUUGAUGGAGAAUGUGGCUCGUGGAAAUUCGAGGUGUUUCCUGUUCCAUAAAGCACUCAGAAGAUAGGAUGGCGUGGGAACGAUAGAAAAUAUAGAUUAGUUGAAAGGUAGUUGUAUUCUCCCCUUUGUCUCUUCACGCUAAGGGUGUAUGCGUUAGGGUUACAUAAAGAUGAAGUUCUGGCUCGUGACAAAUCCAUUCACGAAGAGGAUUGUGUUUAGACUCACAGUGGG